GGAAAAUGUCUUUAUGUGGCGGAGGGAUGGCGAACAUGAAGAGGAUGGAAACGCUGUUUUUGCGACGGUCCCCUCACUGAAACCUCCAGCUGGCCAUUCUUGAGGACAUGUUAACAACAGAACCACAUCUCCACAGAGGACUUAACCCAAGUCUGAUUCCAUCUUGAUUACCACUGGUUAUGAAAAUCUGCACCCCCAGGCUGAAACGGCAGGGGGUAAGAUGUUUGUGGAGUCUGUUGUCCGAUGGGGGGCAUGGAGCAUCCUGCUCCAGUUUGGACUGGGUGUAUCUGCAGGAGGCUGUCCUCCACGAUGUGUGUGUCGACCUGACCCAUCAGAAGUGAUCUGCUCUGGCAAACAUCUGACCUCAGUGCCAGAGGGCUUUUCCAGUGAUGCCAGGCGUUUGGACUUAUCCCGCAAUAAGCUUAAGACUGUGGGGCGCCGACAGUUCUUUGGCCUCCUGCAGCUUCAAGACUUGGACCUCAGUGAUAAUAUAAUCUCCAUGAUUGAGGUGGAGGCUUUCCAGGGCCUGCAGAACCUCAGGACUCUUUGUAUUAAAAAUAACCGACUCAAGAUCAUCCCGGUUGGGGUAUUUUCAGGCCUGCCCAGUCUGCGCUUUCUGGAUCUCAGUGAGAAUGAGAUUCUAGUUUUCCUGGACUAUACCUUCAGAGAAAUGGUGAACCUGCAGACGCUGGAGGCAGGGGAGAACGACUUGGUGUUCAUCUCUCAGCGGGCUUUCACUGGCCUGCACAACCUGCAGGAGCUCAACUUGGACCGCAGCAACCUGACCUCCAUUCCCACCGAGGCACUGUCGCAGCUCCAGAGCCUGACCCGUCUCCGCAUGCUACGCCUCACAAUCUCUGCACUGCCCAACAAUGCUUUCCGCCGGCUCCACCGUCUGCGCAGCCUCCUGAUCUCAAACUGGCCAGCGUUGGACACGCUGGCCAGCAACAGUCUGAUUGGUCUCAACCUGACCUCAUUGGUCAUCAGCAGCUGCAAUCUCAGUGUGGUUCCUUACUCAGCGCUUCGUCACCUUGUUUAUCUGCGCUUCCUGGACCUGUCCUACAACCCCAUUACAGUCAUCCAAGGUAAUCUGCUAGGGGACCUGCUGAGGCUCCAGGAGUUACACCUAGCUGGGGGGAGUCUUCUACGAAUAGAGCCAGGGGCCUUCAGGGGACUAGCCUACUUUCGCAUGCUCAAUGUGACAUCCAAUCAGCUCACCACACUGGAGGAGAGCGCCUUUCACUCAGUGGGGAACCUUCAGGUCUUGAGGUUGGAUGGGAAUCCCCUGGCAUGCGACUGCCGACUUCUCUGGGUGGUCCGCCGGCGAUUACGCUUGAACUUUGAUGGACGCCAGCCCACUUGUUCGUCUCCUGAUAUGGUACGACAGCGUGAGUUCAGGGACUUCUCAGAGAAGGAGCUCCCGAGGCUGUUUACCUGUCGUCCCGCCCGUAUCAAGGACCGUCGGCCACAGGAGGCGAGGGUAGAGGAGGGCACCACAGUCCUCUUCUCCUGUAAGGCUGAAGGUGACCCACUUCCGGCUGUCACCUGGAUCUCGUCCCAUAAGUCUGUGCUUUCUUCAACAGGUCGAAUCAGGGUUUUGCCCAAUGGUACUCUCGAGGUCCGUUUUGCCCAGGUUCAGGACAGCGGCACGUAUCAGUGCUUGGCAGGUAAUGCGGCUGGGAAUGACAGCCUGACUGUCAGUCUGUACGUGAAGGGGUUCCCCCGUAACCGCACCAUGCCCUAUUUCGCAGAAGAAGGCUGGAUAGAGUCUUCAAAUUCCCCUGCUGCCAACUCCUCGGCUCAAAUGGCCAAACCAUACCCAUUUGAUGCAAAGACGCUGGUCAUUGCCACCACCAUGGGCUUCCUGUCCUUCCUCAGCUCGGUGGCUAUCUGUUUUGUCUUCAUGUUCUUCUGGAGCCAGAGCAAAGGCCAAAUCAAGCACACAGCGACUAUUGACUUUGUCCCUCGCUCCUCCAUGGGUGGAGGAGGAGGGGAUGGCGGGGACAGUGGCAGGUUCACCAUGAAACUUAUCUAAAGUCAAGGAACAGUUGAAUAAGGUCAUUUUAUUGACUGUGACUUCUCCCGCACUAUGGAGGCCCCAGUGGGACACUCAAGGGCACAGACCUCUAUCAGGAGGCGAGGCCAUUUCAGAGGGCACAUCAAAGCCAAUUAGUCGAGCUAGAGCUUGUUCUUUUCUAAUUUUAGAGCUGAAACUUAAAUCUCAGUGCUCAUUUGGCUAUGCCAGCUAUCUAGCGAAUAUCUCACGAUCCUGGAAAAGAAAGAAAUUAACCUUCUGAGAGCGGGACUGGCACAUGUUUGCUGUGCAGUUGUUUUUUUCAUCAACUAUUUUGAAUUAGCAAAUGACCAUUUAGCUACUUCAGGUCUAAUCUCUUGAUGUAAAAUAUGAUUUAAAAAAAAAAUAGUGGUUAUCUGUCAUGCAUUUUGGGAAUUACGUACAUAAAGACAGUUUGAUUUUGACACAUUAUCGACACAUUAUCAAAUAUAUCAGGUGCUUGGUUGAACAUCCAUAUAGUCCGAGUGUGCUCAGCUUCGUGUCUUCACUUGCCAAUACAGGCCAACUGAACGUUUGCCCUUUUGACCCGCGGGUCGCUAUUUCUGCUUACCCACAGAGGAUCACUUCAGAGACUGGAGAUCACUUCAGCUCAGCAGUGGCUGUAAGACUGCAGAGGCUCACACACUGACUAUAGCAUUGACGACAGCUUUUGAUACUUGCAAUAAAUGUUUAGACUAGACUGCUGUAGCCAAGUAGUUUAUGAUACUCAUUUGAAGCAAACCUUUUGGUUCAAUUUGGACAAGCCUUUUUUUUUGGGGGGGGGGGGGAGAUUUGCAGCAUGUUUCAGGUAUGCUGCCUUUGAAGUGUUUUUUUGUUUUGUUUUAAUUUUUUUUUUUUUAUUCCAUUAUGGAUACUGCUCAGUAUUAUUGAUCAUAUAGGAGUAUAAACAGAUGGAUGACUAGAUGCUUCAAUGUGCAUAGGAAUGUAUCCUAGCUCAUUUCAUAUAUAAACAAAUUUAAUCAGGUCCAAAUUGGAUCAUUGUCCCUCUUCUUAUAAUUAAAAAUUCAUCCCGUAAUUUGACGACUCCUUGAUCCAUAAGAAUAUUGUACAACUUUUUUUUUUUUGCACAUUUUU